CAUGCCCGGAGGCGGGACCGGGGCUGACAGGGAGCAAGACUGAGCUGCACUGAGGGAGCAGGUGGACAGACAGACAGACCAGCUGCUCGCAUGGCACCCAGCCCCUUCCCACAGCCCUGCUCCGGCCCCAUGCAUCCACCACAGAGCCCCUGGCUUGGGUGCGCAGGCUGGGGUCUUCUGGGGAACUGAUGUCUUCAGUCCGGGCUCCCCCUCGAUGGCUCUGAUCUCCUCUGGCACCCUCUCCACCCCCAGCCCAGGACCCUCGUCUUCUCCACCAGGAGCAGGGAUGCUCGCUUUCCUCCUGGCGAGCUGUACCAGCCACCCGCCAGUCGCCCCGGAGUGUUUUCCUGCCACACGUCCCUGCCUCGCGGGGUGAUCAAGCCCCCCUCGGUCUGUGGAAAUUCCCCUCGCUUCAUCUCUCUCCUCGGGGACUGCUGUCGCUUUGGAUUUCGGAUCUUCACCCACCCCAGUCCUCGGCCUCAGCCUGUUUGUUCCUCGCUCUCGGCUCGUCCUGCCCUGCAGAAGGCUCAGAGAAGCGUGGGCAGGUUCUGGUGGAGGUACGUCAGCCAUGGGCCGCCGGCUCCUCCGUGGUCUGUCUGGAGCAGCAGUUUUCCUGGUCAGCGUGGCCCUCCUCUCCGUACGGCACCGUGGGGCUGAGGAAACAUCUGGGGAAACAUCCUCAGGGCUCAGAGACGGGAUGCUGGAGAACCUGGAGCGAUGGACACAAAAAAAUUCAGAAGAUGCCGUGAGAGGUGGAGGCAGGGGGCAGAACCUGCAGAUCCAGCCUCCGGAGGAAUACAGGACCCAAGGAAGCCUGACCCUUGGAGACGUCUUCAUAGCAGUGAAGACCACCAAGAGAUUUCACCAGAGCAGGAUGGAGCUGCUCCUGGACACGUGGAUAACCCGGGCAAGAGAGCAGACGUACGUCUUCACCGAUGAAGAAGAUGAUGCCCUGAAGAGGAGAAUGGGUGACCAUGUGGUGUUCACCAACUGCUCCACUGAGCACAGCCACCCGGCCCUCUCCUGCAAGAUGGCCGCAGAGUUCGACGCGUUCCUGGCCAGCGGCCGGAGCUGGUUCUGCCAUUUGGAUGACGACAACUAUCUGAACCCUCAGGCCCUCCUGCAGCUGCUGUCCUCCUACUCCCCGACGCGGGAUGUCUACCUGGGGAAACCCAGCCUGAACCGACCCAUCCGGGCCUCCGAAACGCUGACCAACAACCAGACGAAAUCCGUGCACUUCUGGUUUGCCACAGGAGGGGCCGGGUUCUGCAUCAGCCGCAAGCUGGCAAGCAAGAUGGUGCCUUGGGCCAGCGGCAGGAACUUCCUGAAAACUUCAGAGCUCAUCCGCCUGCCGGAUGACUGCACCAUGGGGUACAUCAUCGAGUGCAAAGUUGGUGGGCAGCUGCUGCCCAACGCGCUCUUCCACUCCCACCUGGAGAACCUGCAGCUCAUCCCCACCUCCCGCCUCACGCAGCAGGUCACACUCAGCUAUGGUGUCUUUGAGAACAAGCUCAACGUUAUCGAGCUCAGUGGUCCCUUCUCACUGCAGGAAGAUCCCUCAAGCAGGUUUCGAUCGCUCCACUGCCACCUCUACCCCGACACCUCCUGGUGCCUGCAGGCUGCUGGCUGGUGAUGCCCAAGCCCCAGCUACAGUGGGUCCUGCCGACCUUGUGCUUGUAGGGGGUGAGACAUGGAAGAAGCUCAGCGCUCCCAACUUCUCCUUUGCUGUGGCAGUCUUGGGUCCUUGCUGAGUACCGGUGAUACGGGACAAGAGAGAUCAGUGCCAAAGCAGAACAAGGACUGGGUGGAGAUGGGCACGGCUGCUGUGGAUUCAUCUUGCUGGACUAUAAAAGCCCUGGGUCAGGGUACCCAGUGCCAGGCUGGGGUUCGCUGACAGCAUACGUUGGCUCCAGCCUCUCUGAGCAGGCUUCCUUCCUCUGUACCUGCUUGUGCUUUCCCCAUUUCCCACUUUUCCCAGCCACAGCCCCUUGGCCGAGUCUCUGCCUAGUUAAACUCUGACUCUGCCCUCCCUUCAGAAAUGGAAAAUGUGACCAUUUCUGUGCUGAAUGAGUGCUGGAAAAACACAGUUCCUGUCUGGCUGAGGGGAGAUGGGCAGGAAAUACAAGAAAUCAGGAAUCCCCCUUGGCUAGGACAAGGGAGAGGAUGCAGAAUGGGGAAGACAGUAGGACAGGCAGAAAUGAGGAUGGUUCCUCUACUGAACAUUGAAGGCUUGAUCUUGGAUGGCCCUGCAUUAUUCCUCUCUUUUUACCUUCCUGAUAUGGGGUCAGGAUAAUCUUUUGCUCUAAUUACCAACCUGUCGUCUGAGAUUAGACUCCAAUUCCUACCUGUGAGAGAGGAGACACAGAGGAUUAGAACUGGCUGAAAGAGAGGAGAAAGGAAGAGAUGGAGAAGGAGUGCUCAGGAGCGGAUUAGAGGUUACAGCUUUAUAAUCUUCUCUGUGCCCCGACCGAAAAAAAAUUAAGUCAUGAAGGAAUGGAAACAGCAGGGCAAAGAGCUUUUUAUCUCUGCAUUUCUUUCCUCCAGAUGCUAAGAGCUGCUUUCUGCCUUCCUGCUGUCCCUGCUGAGCGCAACAGGGAGAAGGAGCCGGCCCAAAUAGGUUACAAGCUCUCUGGCACAUUUACGGGGAGCCCUCAUCUCUGCCACAAAAGCUGGGCAAUUCUGCUCGAUGGGGAAUGAACUUUGGCACCAUUUUGUCCUUGGACACACGGAUAAAUGUCUGGGGGAGAGCGUUGCGAGGAAAGCUGGAGGGCGAAGAGACUGCUUUAGAUGGCAGGUGGCACCACAAACAGGUAUUUCUCUUUAAAGAGUGUUUCAAAACAGGCUGCUGGGAUCUGUGAGAGAUUCCUGUAAUCUCUGGAUGAAAGAACAAAUGCCCUUUCUCCAAAGAGCUGCUCGGCUUUGAUGCUGCUGAUCUGACUAAGCCUGCUGGUGGGCUGGAGGAGCCAAGGGGGACUCUGGCUGUGCCUCUACCAUGCAAAAAACGGGUCACCCUGUCACCCCAUCCCACCCUCACCCCCCAAACAACAGCAUCCCCUACACAGCACGCACAAAGCUUAAAGGUAAGGCAUCAGAAAUACCUUCUACCUCAGCAAGGAGGGACCUAGAAAUAAAUGAGCACUUUAAUUACUGGCGAAGAAGAAAGCAGGCGUUUGCGGAGCUGUUUUCCAGCCUGGUCAUUCUUGCGGGCAUUAGGCAGCUUGUGAAGCAGCAGAGAGCUCUGCUUUCUGCUCCUGCACAACGUGCCUUUGAACUGGAGAAUCAUGCUGAGCAGGGGCAGGGGCUACUUGAUGCCAUUGACCAUUCCUGGAAAACUGCAAAGCACUGGGCUCACACAGCUACGUGAAAUGGAGCUCAAAAUAGAGACAAGCCGGGUUUUAGAAGGAAGCUGCAGCACAAAGAAGUCCCGCCCAAAGGGCGAAUGAUUUUGUUUGAGCUUAUCCAGAAGACAAAAAAUGUUUCCAUGAGAAGAAAUGGGAGUCUUCAAGAGAAACCUACACUACUUGGAUGUUUUGUUUUUUGCCCAUUCAAGUUCACAACUGUGUUGUUAAUUGAGUUGUGGCGUUAAAAUGCCAGCCCUAUCUGUAGAUGCCCUGAUGGUGGUUAAAACACAAUGAGAUUCGGGUGCCUGGGGAAGAAGAAGCUGGUCCAGCACACUCGCUUCCCUGGGAAGAAACUGGAAGCUUGCAUUUGAUCCUGGCCUCAGCUGGUCUGAAUUGGCCUGGUGCCUUCUGCACGGCUGAAGAUCAGAUGUUAAACGGGUCGGGUCCUUGAGCAGCCACAUGGGGAUGGGUUUAAGACCAGGCUUUGCUGCUGGAGCCAUGCCACUUCUGCGGGAAAGGUCUCAGAACGAAACCGAGAAGAGACGAGAAUCUGUCUGGGGCAGGACAUCUCUUGGGCUGUAGGGAAACAACUGACAGAAAAGUCCUGCUAUGCCUGUGACGACAACGUGCUGCAAAGAAAAUUGUUUCUCAGAGUUGGCGAAAAAAAAAGCACAACCCACCCAGGGUUUCUCUAAGAACAGAGAGACAGCUUAAGGGGACAUUCUCCUCUUGAAAUCUGAUCAACGUUAAAACCUGAGUUAAAAUUAGUUUCAGGAAUGGUUCCUGCCCCUGGGGCUUGCUGUCAGAUGUUGUGGUUUUACAGUCUCAUUUUCCUAGUUUAUUAAAAUGUUUAGCUGCUUGGGAAAAUGAGAAACAAUCUUCUGUGAAACUUUUCAGGGGACGGUCUUUUUUUAUUCUCCUUCAUGAUUUUCUGAUGUAACAGUCAAAGUUUUUGGAAAGGCUCCAUUGAGCCAAUUAAAAUGUUGUGUUUUUCU